AACAAACAGAGGUCCACGAGGAAACCAAAGAGAAUUGAUAAAGCAGAGCAAGACUUUCUUCUAUUCUGGUCUUUUUGUAGAGAGAGAAAAAGGAUUUUUAGUUCGUAUGCGGCAGAAUCAAUGGCGGAGAGGAGGAGGAUGAUCGAGUGGGAAGCAAAGAGAAUCUGAAUUUUAAUGGAGAAUAAGCUGAGCUGAGGAUUGGGGAUUUUGCUGGAAAUCAAUUGAUUCCUCCUCUUUUACUUCAAAUGCUAUAAUGGGUAAACAUAAGCAACAAUCUUUACGCAGCAGAGCAGUUCAUUUUGUCUCUGAUAUCACCACCGUCCUCCUCAACCCAAUCUCCGAUAAACCUUCUGCGAGAACCUCUGCUCAUCCUCAAUCUCACGCACCUGAAGAUGGGAGCGACCUUAAAGACGACAGUGACCUAGGGUCAUCUAGUGAACAGGGUUCUGAGUUUUCGGAUGAUGGCCCUGAUACAUCUUCAUUUACUGCAUUCCUGUAUUCCCUCUUGUCAUCCUCAGAAUCUCGAGAAAACUUGGACUCAGACAAAAUAAGUGAUGAUCAGGAAGAGGCUGGCAGCCAGCCAAUGAACAAUGCCGUUAAAGAAACUGUUGUGAAGAAGAGCUUGUUUUCUAGGGGGAAACAAUCACUCGGUAAAGCUCUUCAUCAUGCUGCAAGAAUCACUGGCUACCGAAAUCAGGAGCUGAAGAGUGAUGUUGAGAUGAAAGUUAAUGAUGCUAAAUUUUCCGGCAUUGAGAUGAUGGAGAAGUCAAAUGUUAAAGAGGUUGCUUCAUCCGCUGAUAUUGCUGAUAUUUCUGAACCUUCACUGCUCCUUUCAGAAAAAACAAGAAGUGUUCUUUAUGCUUCACUUCCAGCACUAGUACAGGGGAGGAAAUGGCUUUUGCUAUACAGUACAUGGAGGCAUGGGAUAUCUCUUUCAACUCUAUAUAGGAGAAGUAUGCUUUGGUCUGGGCUUAGUUUGCUGGUUGUUGGGGACCGUAAAGGUGCUGUCUUUGGCGGCUUGGUGGAGGCACCUCUAAAACCGAGCAGCAAGAGAAAGUAUCAGGGAACAAAUAAUACUUUUGUUUUCACAAAUAUACCUGGCCAUCCUGUGAUUUAUCGCCCCACAGGUGAAAAUCACUAUUUCACUUUGUGCUCCCCCGACUUCUUAGCCAUCGGCGGUGGCAGCCAUUUUGCACUCUAUCUGGACAAUGACCUAUUGAACGGGUCGAGUUCUAUAUCGGAGACCUACGGGAACCCUUGCCUUGCCAAUGCUGAAGAAUUUGAAGUGAAGGAAGUUGAGUUGUGGGGCUUUGUAUACACCUCAAAAUAUGAAGAAAUGCUUGCUUUAAGCAGAACCGAAGCACCCGGGAUUUGUCGUUGGUGAACGACUUUCUAACAAAAGGCCAACCUCAACUUUACCGGGACGUAUCGACAUCGUGUGGAUCUCAUGACCUUCUUGACAUGAUUAUCAAGGCAGAUGAACUAAUUAACCAGGUGAGAAGAUUGAAUGAAUGUAUGUAUCUGAAUGCUUUUUCCACGCUUGUACAUAAGAAAAAAACUUCACACAUAUGCGUAUAAAAAGGUGAGUGUUGUUUUGUAAACAGCCAGUUCUGUUGAUAUUGAUUUUAACAUAGUUACAGUUUUGCUUUCCUCUUA